AUGAAGAACACAAAAAAGAAUGAAUGGAAAGGACUGAGUUUUGGAGCUUGGCCAAUUAUGCAGGGAUAUCAGAGAAGAUUGUCCCGAAAGAUUCAAAACAUUUUGUUUAUGUCCCUGGUACUUCUUUCCUUUAUUUUCCUCUAUAAAAAAUAUUUUUUUGUUUGCAGAGCCAAGGAGGACCAGAGAAUGGAGAAGAUGUGCUUAGAUUUCAUAAACAAGAAGGUUGAUAAGUGCUUACAGCACAAGUCGAGGUACGACCAGAACAAAGAGUUUGCGGCUAUCAAGACACACUUGCCGCUGAUUCCACUAAAGAUGACACGAUCGAAUGCGGUUUUUCUGUAUACACACAAGAAGCCUUAUGUUGUGAUCAAAAGAUGCAUUGCGCCAGAUGCACCGGGGCUUGCCGAGGAUGAGAUGCUGAAAUCUCUGGACCACAAAAAUGUUGUAAAGUUCUUCAAGUCGUUUAGAGAAAAAUACGUGAAUCUGAAGGAAGAGGAAGAGACGAUUAUUUGGAUAUUUAUGGAGCACAUGGACAUCAAGGUGUCUCAGGAUGUUGUGAAGGGGAAUGAAAAUAAAAUAAGAGAGAUUACCAAGGGGAUUCUGCAUGGGCUCCAAUAUCUUCACAGCAUGGGAAUAGCACAUCUCGACCUGAAGAUUUCAAAUGUUAUGGGAAAGGAAACAAAGGAUGGGAUUGUAUAUAAGAUUAUUGACUUUGGAUUUGCCCGGAGGCUUGCGAAUGUAGGAGACAAUGCCGAGAUCCAAAUUCCCUCGAAGAGCUUUGGAACCUAUCCAUACAAGCCGCCCGAGACGUCGCAACUGAAUAUGCAUGGGAUAAAGGGAGACAUAUGGUGCCUAGGAGCCAUAGUAUGGUUUCUAUCGUGGAGACAGACACCGUUCUACUUUGAUGAUGGGAGGAAGAACUUAGAGGAGUGGAGGAUGUUUAUCCGAGGAAGAAUUCCUAUUUCCUUCAAGCCUAACACAUCUCCUGCACUGAGGAACUUUGUAAGGAAAUGUAUGGAUUUCGAUAGAUUUGCAAGGCCAAGUGCCUCUGAGCUUCUGGAGCAUCCUUUUAUAACAGGAGUGCCAAUGAAGGUAACCGAGGAGGAGAUAAACGAGAUGAGUGAAGAGUUUUCAUCUAGCUCUGAAUACAGUGACACAAGAUCUGAAGAUUAA